AUGGCAGACGUCGAGGAGCGCCCGCACAAGAAGAGGCGUUUCUUCGUUGACGAAGCACCAAUCGACGACAGCACCUUCUCGGGCGAACCCUCCUCUCCAGACGAUAUCAAACCUCUACCGGAGACGAAUGGCUUCGACGUGCAUCUGGAUCAACAGGCGAGCACAGAUGUGUUCGAUGCCGCCACCUUCCAGGCAGUGGCAGGCGGCCAUGUGCAAGUGUCCGCGAUACGCAGUCUACAGGCGAGAUAUGGGCCCGACCUUGAGCAAGCCGUCAACGCAUACUUCGACGGAUCAUGGAAGACGCCGUCGCCGCAGAAGCCUGCCUAUACGGCGCGAAAUGCGGGACAAGGAUCCAUAUCAUUUGGCGUGCAGCCGCGGAACGCAAAAGCGCAAGAAAGGAGCACACCAUCUACCUCGUCUGCACAACCAGCCUCUCCGCCAUCGAAGCUUCCGGCCCUCGACACCAUGCCAACAAUGCGAUACAUUGGCGCACUAGGUGUGGCUGGCUGGACCACGCGGAGCGGCACGAAUCUGCUCAAGCCGGGCGAUGUUGUCAAGAUCGAUCGUACAAAACAGCAGGCAAUCCAGAAAGCCGGCAAGGGUGGAAAGGUAAAGCAGUUGGUGCGGAGGACGCAAGACGUUAUCGUACGUUUUACGAACGUCAAAGGCGAGGAGCUUGGUAGACUUGAGAAGGAGAGUGCACUGUGGAUUAGCACGCUAGUGGACCAGAGAGUGUGCUCCUUCGAAGGAUACUGCAUCUUUGCGCCGGAAAAAGUCCGCACGAAUGACACAGUCUACAUUCAGCUCAAAUGCUACCUCCUGAAAGAGGCGUUCGAAGUCAGCAAUUUCAUCAAGCCGCUAGAGAACAACCGAGAGACCGGAAUCUUUGAGGCAAAAGAAACUUCGGAUGAGCGAGAUCUUCGCUUAAGACAGAUAGGCCUUGUCAAGUUGUUUAGCGAAAUCAAUCUGCAUCCAAGCAAGGUGAACGAGACCACUGCACGACACAAGCGAGAAGGCAUCCUACAAGCUGCCGAAGUAGCGGAGCAGUAUGAGCAGCAAGACACUGGGAUGAAAGCUAAACGCAGCACACCAGAAGAUGGUGGCGGCUCGUCGCCGCCUUCUGAGGACGCGGCAGAAGAAGGCGAAGAGCUUGAGCAGGACCAGCUCGACAGUCUGUACAAGAAAGCGCAGUCGUUCGACUUCAACACACCAGAAGCACAGCCCGCAGCGACUUUUGCGAUGGAUCUUCGCAAGUAUCAGAAGCAGGCAUUGCACUGGAUGCUCAACAAAGAAACGUCACAGAAAGACGAAGAGAGGCAGCACUCUAUGCAUCCACUCUGGGAAGAGUACCUGUGGCCAACGAAAGAUGCAGAAGAUGCGCCUGUGCCUACUGUGACGGGCCACGACUGCUUCUAUGUCAACCCCUAUUCUGGCGAGAUGAGCCUGGACUUUCCAGUGCAGGAACAGACAUGCCUCGGUGGCAUAUUAGCAGACGAGAUGGGUCUCGGCAAGACGAUCGAGAUGCUAUCGCUUAUACAUUCACAUACCUCCCCCGAACAACAAGCCGCGGUCCAGAGCGGCUCACUCGGCUCAGUCAACAGCCUGCCUCGACUGCCCAAGACCAGCGCGGACGUCGAGCGCGCACCAGCCACGACGCUCGUAGUGGCACCAAUGUCUCUUCUGGCUCAAUGGGCAAGUGAAGCGGAGAAAGCCUCGAAGCAGGGCACGCUCAAGGUCCUGCUGUAUUACGGUAACGAGAAAAACGCGAACUUACAGAACCUCUGCUGUGGCGCAAAUGCUACGACAGCACCCAAUGUCAUCAUCACAUCGUACGGAGUGGUGCUCAGCGAGUUCAACUCCGUUGCUGCUCACGGCGGCAAUCGUGGCAGUCACGGAGGACUGUUCAGCCUUGAGUAUUGGCGUGUGAUCCUGGACGAGGCGCACAUGAUUAAGAACAGGCAGUCGAAAACGGCGAAGGCAUGCUACGAGCUGGCAGCCACUCAUCGUUGGGUGCUGACCGGUACGCCCAUUGUCAACCGUCUGGAGGACCUAUUCAGUCUUGUUCGUUUCUUGCGCGUUGAACCUUGGAGCAACUUCAGCUUCUGGAAGACGUUCAUCACCAUGCCGUUUGAAAAGGGCGAGUUUGUGCGCGCUUUGGACGUCGUGCAGACGGUCCUUGAGCCACUAGUGCUGAGACGAACGAAGGACAUGAAGACGCCAGACGGUGAAGCACUGGUGCCACUGCCGCCUCGCAUCAUUGAAAUCGAGAAGGUCGAGCUCAGCACUCCCGAGCGCGAGGUCUACAAUCACAUCUUCGCUCGUGCCAAGCGCACCUUUACAGCCAAUGUCGAGGCUGGCACGCUCAUGAAGAGUUACACCACCAUCUUUGCACAGAUUCUUCGCCUACGCCAGUCAUGCUGCCACCCCAUUUUGACCCGCAAUAAAGCCAUUAUGGCUGAAGAAGAAGCGGCUGAGGAAGCUGCCGACAUCGCCAAUGGUCUAGCAGACGACAUGGACCUGCAAACCCUCAUUGAGCGCUUCCAAGCAGACGAAGGCGAGCAAGAUGCUAGUAAAUUUGGUGCCCAUGUUCUGAAACAGAUACAAGAAGAGGCGGAAAUGGAGUGUCCAAUCUGCUCCGAAGAACCCAUGGAUGAGCAGGCGGUGACUGGUUGCUGGCACUCAGCUUGCAAGAAAUGUCUGCUCGAUUACAUUGAGCACCAAAGCAGUAAAGGCGAGCUGCCUAGGUGCUUCAACUGCCGAGAGCCCAUCAAUGCCCGUGACGUAUUCGAAGUGAUUCGGCACGAGGAUGACAACGACGCUGCGCCCACCAACGCCCUCACGGCAGCAAUGGAUCUUGACGAAGACGACGAGUUGUACGGCAACACGCAGCGAGGGCGAAAAGCAUCGCAGGAAGCUCCGCGUAUCACUCUUCGCCGCGUCAACCAACUGUCUUCUGCCAAGAUCACUACACUGCUCAAUCAACUCAAACGCCUUCGCAAAGCCGAGCCGUUGACCAAAACGGUCAUCUUCAGCCAGUUCACCUCCUUCCUUGACCUUCUGGCUCCAGCGCUUACCAGCGCCAAUAUACAGUGGCUGCGCUUCGAUGGCUCGAUGUCACAGAAGGAGCGCGCGAAGGUGCUUGCCGAAUUCGCCAAUCGUCCUAAGUUUACCGUGCUGUUUCUCAGCUUGCGAGCCGGAGGCGUAGGUCUGAACUUAACCUGCGCGAAGCGGGUAUUCAUGAUGGACCCGUGGUGGAGCUUUGCUGUCGAGGCGCAAGCCAUUGACCGCGUGCACCGAAUGGGACAGACGGAGGAAGUGAAGGUCACGAGGUUUGUGGUUGAGGGUAGCAUCGAGGAGAAGAUGUUGAAGGUGCAGGACCGGAAGAAGUUCAUCGCCAGCUCGCUCGGCAUGAUGAGCGAUGAGGAGAAAAAAGCGCAGCGGAUAGAAGACAUCAGAGAGCUGCUCAGUUGA